AUGGAAACGGAAGAAAUCUUAUAUAAGCCUCUAAGUGAUGGCAACUUUAUUCGCUACAUAGUCCUUGAAGCUGGAGAAGACGAUGAGCCUCUGGAAUGCGUUCUCGUUGUCUCGUCCCUAGACAAGAUGCCGUAUUUUGAAGCUAUCUCAUACGUUUGGGGCAGUGACCGAAAGGAAAAAGAUGUAGUAUGUAACGGAAGGGUUGUCAAAAUAACACAUAACUUAUGGAGAGUGUUGAGAGACGUUCGCUUGCCUCGGCAGUCUCGUACGCUCUGGGCCGAUUCGAUCUGUAUUAACCAGGAGGAUCUUACGGAGAAGGCAAGACAGGUUGCACUAAUGGGACAAAUCUAUAGUAAAGCAGAUCGAGUUCUAAUAUGUCUCGAGGCCAAAGCGAAUGAACACGCACCAGCCGCUGUGUCGUUGCUUGCGGAACUGGACGAAAUGAUUCUCGACAAGCUCAAGUAUGCGAGCUCCUCCAACGGAAGUUUUCCUUUCUUAACCGCCGAAGAGCGGGAGAAACUCGCGAGAGACGGCAGAUGGAAAUCACUGCUAGCCCUAACUGAGGAGCCUUGGUUUGAGCGUGGAUGGGUGGUCCAGGAGGCAGGUCUCUCGACUAGCGCCGUUGUCAAAUGGGGAGGCCUGGAGAUAGAAUGGCAAAAGGUGCUUAGAGUUUGGACUUGGAUGGAGCAAAGACUGCCUCAGGUCUGGACGCAAAACCCGACAAGUAUCGACAGGAUGAACGAUCUGCAUCUCGAGAUCUACAGAAACCGCAAUCCAAAAGAAGCAACGCCCCUAUACAGCAAUGUCAACUCUGCGGAGGUCCUGUUCCUCGAUUUGUUUCACUACGCACGACCUCUUCGAUUCAAGGAGCCGAGUGACCGUGUUUACGCUUUUUUGGAGCUCGCUAACAGGAUUACUCUUCCUGUCAGUAUCAUGCCCGACUACAGGCAGCACUCCAACGACGUCUACUUGGAACUGGCGCGACAGUAUAUCGAAUCCACUCACAGCGUUAGAAUUCUAGAGUAUAUACAGCAUACGGAGGCCACUCUUCUUGACAACUGUCCUUCUUGGGUGCCGCGUUGGGAUGUGAACAUGUUUGAGGUCAGAAUAGUUUCCCCUUACGGCACAAAUCUUGACACCAGGCCGAUGAUUUCCACCUCCAACACUCAAAUAAACACCUCCAAUGCAAAAAUUCUGAAUGUAUGUGGUGUCGUGGUCGAUCAAGUAGAGUUUAUAUUUGAAGUAUUUAAGGAGAAGCCGUCGAUUACGGAACUUCGCUCCUUAUGGAAAACCAUCUCACAGCACGCACAGCUAACAUCGCCGUACGCAUUAACUGAUCAGGACAUCGCAUUUGUUACAACCCUUUCUGUGGGGCGGCAUAUCGGAAAUUGGGAGCAGUGGCAAGUGUACAGAGCAGCAUAUCUCCUGAGCCUUAAGCAAGAAGGUUGUCAAGAUGAGGAAACACAAGGCAAGUACGACAUGAUUCAUUAUUGGGUGCAGAGCUGCACAUAUAACCGACGUCUCGUUCUUACGCGACGAGGAUACUUUGGGCUAGGUCCUCCACUGACGAUGAAGGACGAUAUUUGUUGCGUGUUGGAUGGGGGGAUGAGUCCAUACAUACUAAGAGAGACGUCAAUGCCAGGUGAAUACAAAGUGAUCGGCGAUGUGUACAUAACGAGUAGAAAAAGAAGAUCUCACCUUUCUGGAAAGGGGGGUGAUAUUACGCUCUCUUUUUGCGAAGAAGGGGCAAGAGACUGGGUAGAUUGGGGCAGUGAAGAACGCACUUUUUUCCUUUGCUAA